AUGCACGUUGAAGUAUCGUCCGAAGGCGUCGACUUGGGGAAAAUGCAGUUGAAGGAUUUUACUCAGAAACCUAGUACGAUAGCUGAAGUGAAAGUGCAUACCUCGGUUAAGGACAAGGAGGUCGAAGAUGCUGAUGGUAAAGAUUUAGAGGACAAGUCCAAGGUUCAUCAGUUGCUUAUGGAUAUUGUCCUAAGAGGUCACAUUGAUUUCUUAUUGUAUGGCAAGAAAUUAUUGAAUGGAUUUCCAUUUAAAGUUUUGUGCAAAAGCAUCUAUGAAGGAGAUAUUGACAAUGGACACCCUCCUUCAUGCAAUGUCAGAAUGAGCCUUGAUUCUGCUAUUCUUUGCAAAUUUCGUCGCCCUCCUCUUCACAAUCAGGUUAGGGUUUUGCUUUGA